AUGAAGCUUCUCGUGGUCUUUGGUGUCUUUUUCAUUUUCUGCGCUCAAAUUGUCAAUUCCACUCCUAUUUCGGAACAGGACAAGAAAGAGGCCAUUGAAUUUUUCAAUAGACAACGCAACAACUUUGCAAAGGUAGUUCCGGUGGCCAACAUGAAUGAGAUUGUGUACGACGCGGCAUUGGAAGACAAGUAUCCGAUAUGUGAACAUGCUAAGAAACUGCAAAAACAAGACUGGCGUGUUGAGUUAUUCACCCACCUGGGGUUCUCCGCCAGCCCCGAUUACGCAGGUAUAUAUACACCCGAAGAGGCGGAGGAGCUGGCGAAGGAAACUGGUGAAAAAACAUUUCGAGAUGAGAAAUGGUUUCUCAACCCUCCUCAUACUCGGCUCGCAUGCUACUAUUUUGAGAAACCUUGCACUAAGGAAGAUCUGAAUGGAAUGUGCAUUUUUGGAGGGUCUGAGAAUGUUCCACCAAUGAGAGGAUUGAUAAAAGGAGAACCAGGAUCAAAAUGCCCGAAUGGAAAGUCUGAGAAGUGGGAGAACAUGUGUAAGCCGUCUUCGCCAUCAUAG